UUUAGAAAUUGAUGAAGCGUAUGAAUAGGGAACUGUUAUAGUCUUGCUGCAGUGUUUUCUCAGUAAUUUCUUGGUAGCUUAACCUGAUCCAUCAUAAUAUGAUAUUGAGAUCACAAGUCAAACAAACAAUUAAUAAUUUGGUUUUAAAUUAUUAAAUACUUGAUAAAUGUGAUAGUUGAAGCAUAAUAGAUUUGAGCAAACCUCUCUCAGCACCUCAUCACCUAUUCUCUGCUCUUUUCUUCUUUCCUGGUCGAAUUUCUGGGUCUUGUUUCUGUGAUUUCUUACCACCCAUGGAUUGCGUGAGCCCAAUCCUUGAUGUUGCCACUCGCUUAUGGGAUUGCACCACCAAACGCGCAGUUUAUAUUGGUGAUCUGCAAGAAAUCCUUGAAUCUUUGAGCAAAGCCAUGGAGGAGCUGAAGAACAUAGCUGAAGAUGUAAAGACCAAGGUGGAACUUGCCGAGAAAAACCGACAAAUGAGACGAACACGGGAAGUUGAUGGCUGGCUUCAAAGCGUACGAGUCUUGGAAAAACAAGUAGAUGAAAUACUGCAAAAGGGUAAUCAAGAAAUCCAGAGGAAAUGCCUUGGAAGUUGCUGUCCCAAGAACUGCCGGUCCAGCUACAAGAUCGGGAAGAUAGCGAGUAAAAAGCUUGGUGCUAUCGCUGAUCUAAGUAAGAGCUGUAUUAAUGAUGUAGCUAAUAGAUUACUUCAAGAUCCGGUGGACGAGAGGCCAAUGGAGAAGACUGUGGGCUUGGAUCUGAUGUACGCUGAGGUUUGCAGAUGCAUCCUAGAUGAACAACUGGGAAUUAUUGGAUUAUACGGAAUGGGAGGUGUUGGGAAAACUACCCUCAUGACCAAAGUCAAUAAUGAGUUCUUCAAAACAAGCAAUGAUUUUGAAGUAGUCAUUUGGAUUGUAGUAUCCAGCUCUGCAAAUGUGGGAAAAGUACAAGAAGUCAUUCGGAAUAAAUUAGACAUCCCCGAUGACAGAUGGAGAAAUAGAGCCGAGGAUGAAAAGGCAGUAGAAAUUUUCAAUACCCUGAAGUCAAAAAGAUUUGUGAUAUUGUUAGAUGAUGUAUGGGAGCGACUUGAUCUCCAAAAACUGGGGGUUCCUUCUCCUAAUUCUCAAAACAAGUCCAAAGUAAUAUUAACAACUCGAUCUCGGGAUGUUUGUCAUGAUAUGGAUGCUCAAAAGAGCAUUAAGGUGGAGUGUUUGACACAAGACGAGGCCAUCAAUUUGUUCAAGAAGAAGGUUGGAGAGAGUACUCUAUGUUCACAUCCAGACAUACCUAAGCUAGCUGAAAUUGCUGCUAAAGAGUGCAAAGGUUUGCCACUUGCACUCAUUACUAUUGGGCGAGCCAUGGCUGGUAAGAGUACACUACAAGAAUGGGAAUGAGCCAUACAAAUGUUGAAGACUUAUCCAUCAAAGUUUUCAGGUAUGGGAGAUCAUGUAUUUCCUGUCUUGAAAUUCAGUUAUGAUAGCUUGCAAAAUGGCACCUUGAGAUCUUGUUUUCUAUAUCUUGCUGUGUUCCAAGAGGACUAUGUAAUUAUAGAUAAUGAUCUUAUAAACCUCUGGAUUGGAGAAGGGUUUUUGGAUGAAUUUGACAACUUACAUGAAGCACGUAACCAAGGGCAUAACAUCAUUGAGCAUCUAAAGGUUGCAUGUCUAUUUGAGAGUGAUGAAGAUAAUCAAAUCAAGAAGCAUGAUGUUAUUCGUGAUAUGGCUUUGUGGUUAACUUCAGAUUAUUGUGGCAACAAGAACAAAGUUGUUGUAGAAGAUGGUACUUUGGAAGCUCAGCAAAUUUUAAAGUAGAAAGAGGCAAAGCAAAUAUCACUGUGGGAUGUAAGUGUGGAAAAACUCGCAAUACCACCAUCUUGUCACAAUCUGAUAACUUUAAUUUUUGGAAGUGUUAUUCUGAAGACAUUUCCCUAUGAAUUCUUUCAUCUCAUGCCAAUCAUAAAAGUUUUGGAUUUGUCAGGUACUCAAAUAACUGAGUUACCUGUUGGAAUUGAUAGAUUGGUUACUUUACAA